AUGCAUGCACCGCUCCUGCAUGCCGCUUUAGACUCGCUAGACGUCGUGCAUGCACUCCCUUCCGACACUCAUGCCCCACCUGUCAUACGCCCGGUUGCCGAGGUGGGUGCCGUGGUGCCACCUAGCCCGUGCACUAACCUGCCUGCCGCUCCUCUGGCCGCCGGCCCGCUGGUUCAGUCCAGCGCCUCUGCGUUCUCUGUGGUCCCCACUCCUGCAGAUGCACCUGCUGCGCCGCCCUCCUUCACUUUCACCGCGGGCGAGUCCUCCCGUGCUGCUGCCCUCCCCCUGCAGGACCUAGACACCCACGAGUGCAUCAUUCGCAAGGUGCGCCGCAAGUUAGAGCGCGAUCAGUCUGUCUCCAAGGACAAGCUGCAGCGGAGUGCGUGGCUGGCUGGCAAGCAAGCCAACUACUCCCCCAUGCUUGCUAAAGCCGUCAAGGCCAAGGCUGCUCGCCUCUCCGCCGCGGAUGUUGACACGGCCAUUGGCCGUGCUAUCCAGGAGGCACGCCUCCACGAGCCCGAGGCCCCUCCUGCCUCCUCCGAGGACCUUGCUGCCAUUGCUCUGCUCCGCGGCGCUGACGACGAGCAGCUUGAUGCCAUCCUUGGCUCCGAGCAUGCUGCCUCUGUGGUGGUUCCAACACACGUCGCAGGGGGAGGCGGCGGUGCUUCCUUGCCUCGUCUGUUCCCCCACCCCCCUCCCGCAUCUCCUCUGCCAUUGGUGCGGAGGCGAGCUUCCCGGCGAUGGCGGCGGCGCUGGAUUCAAUCUGCAGGAGAGAGAGGGAGGUGCGUCUUCGAAUGGGAGAGGGUCUCCGCCGGCGUCGGCCUGCACCGGCGACCUCGCCUUCCAGGGCGGCUUGACUACAGUCUACAGAUAGGAGAACAAAUAAAUAGGACCAAGAAAAUUAGUUGCUCGUAUAUUCAUGUAUCGCGGAGAGAAGUACCCGAUUGGAGAAAUUUGGUAUGCCGAGUAAUCUGCAGACCGUAUGCGGAGGCUGACAAAUGGGGAAGGUGGAGAGCAGUGGCGGAUCCGCCUCCUCGGCAUGGCUCUCGUUCCUUCGGCUGUUGCUUACGGUUGAGAUCGUCCAGUACGUUGUUCAUCCUUCGGCUCGCUGCUCGGGCUGAUGGUUCGUGCGACAUCCAUGCUGUUAACCAACAAGAAACCUUACUUGAGAGCAGGCAGAGGCGUGGAGCCAAUGGUGAUGUUGUUGCCUGCUCUUCUAAACUGCCGCUUGUUCAUCGUUUGCUGUUUUGCCUAUCAAGGAAGGUAACUACUCGAAGCAAUUGGCGAGACAAGCAUUCGAUGGAGCUCAAAGCGUUGAUCUUGAAGGAAGGUAACUACUCAAAGGUACAUACUGAAGGAUGUUUUGAGGCUAGCACCUGCUUUAGAAGUUUUGCAAUUCACAACAAUACCUCAUAAUUUUGAUUUGAUGUCCAGAAUGUCAAUUGAAGAAUGAGCCUAUGAACUGCAUUAUAGUUUGUAAUAUAUCCUUAUAUAUGGUGCUUGUGGCGUUUUUUUUUCAAUUAUAAGUUUACAUUUAUGGGUAUUACAAAGUCCCCCUUUCUUUUUCCACAAGGGGCAGUAGCUGUGCCAUUCGAUUCGAAGGACAAAGAAUUGAUCACAAUGGGGUAGCAUUCAGGAUAUAUACACAAGAGUAUAGAACCAAAUUAUAUGAUGUAAUUGACCACUAUUUCUAUUAACUUCUCUUGUGCACAA